AUGGCAACCAGACAGACAGAGCCUGUCACAAUCAUUAGCCUUCGGAAGUUGAGCCUUGGGACCCCAGAGCCGCAGCUGAAAGAGUCAAAGACAUUCACUGUGGAAGAUGCAGUGGAGACCAUCGGAUUCGGACGUUUCCACAUUGCCCUGUUUCUGAUCAUGGGCAGCACUGGGGUUGUCGAGGCCAUGGAGAUCAUGUUAAUAGCUGUUGUGUCUCCUGUCAUCCGCUGUGAAUGGCGACUGAAGAAUUGGCAGGUGGCGUUAGUGACCACGAUGGUGUUUUUUGGCUACAUGGUCUUCAGCAUCCUCUUUGGCCUCCUGGCUGACAGAUAUGGCCGCUGGAAGAUUUUGCUCAUCUCAUUCCUGUGGGGAGCCUAUUUCUCCUUGCUGACCUCAUUUGCCUCCUCCUAUAUCUGGUUUGUCUUCCUGCGGACGAUGGUGGGCUGCGGCGUAUCUGGCCACGCACAAGGGUUAAUCAUAAAGACUGAAUUUUUGCCCACAAAAUACCGAGGCUAUAUGCUACCCUUGUCUCAGGUGUUCUGGCUUGCAGGUUCACUGCUCAUCAUUGGCCUGGCCUCUGUGGUCAUCCCCACCUUUGGGUGGCGUUGGCUUAUCCGCAUCGCCUCCGUCCCAGGAAUCAUCCUCAUCAUGGCCUUCAAGUUUAUUCCUGAAUCUGCACGGUUCAAUGUGUCCACCGGGAACACCCAGGCUGCCCUGUCCACUCUGGAGCAUAUUGCCAAGAUGAACCGCUCAGUCAUGCCGGAAGGGAAGCUGGUGGAGCCCGUCCUGGACAAAAGAGGAAGAUUUGCAGACCUAUUGGAUGCUAAAUAUUUACGGACUACACUACAGAUUUGGGUCAUAUGGCUGGGAAUCUCUUUCGCCUACUAUGGAGUUAUCUUGGCCAGUGCAGAGCUGUUGGAGCAGGACCUGGUCUGUGGUUCAAAGUCACAGUCCGAGGUGGUAGUGACUGUGGGUGACUCGGAGGAGAGCCUGAGCCCCUGCCACUGCCACCUGUUCGCCCCUUCUGACUACCAGACCAUGAUCCUCAGCACCGUUGGUGAAAUUGCUCUGAAUCCUUUAAAUAUCCUGGGCAUCAAUUUCCUGGGAAGGCGACUGAGCCUCUCCAUUACCUUGGGAUGCACAGCGUUAUUCUUCCUUCUCCUCAACAUUUGCACUUCAAGUGCUGGUCUAACUGGCUUCCUCUUCAUGCUGAGGGCUCUGGUGGCAGCAAACUUCAACACCAUCUACAUUUACACAGCUGAGGUCUACCCUACCACAAUGCGUGCUCUGGGGAUGGGAACCAGUGGCUCCCUGUGUCGUAUUGGUGCAAUGGUGGCACCAUUUAUAGCCCAGGUUCUCAUGAGUGCAUCAUUCCUGGGAGCAGUGUGUCUGUUCUCAUUUGUCUGUGCUGUGUGUGCCAUUUCUGCAUUUACUCUCCCCAUUGAGACCAAAGGUCGGGCCCUGCAGAUUAGUCGACCUUUCAAAUAA